AUGCCUGUUGAUCCAGAAAAGUUAGCAAAGUUGCAAAAGGCUACAGCAAAGAAAGUUGGUGGAUCAAGAGUCAAGACUAAAAAAGGUUCUAAGAGUGAACAGGAUGAUGUCAAAUUGAUGGAAACUUUAGGAAAAUUGAAGGCUACGAAGAUCGAUGGCAUUGAGGAAGCGAACUUCUUCAGAGAGGAUGGCAAGGUCUUGCAUUUCAAUAGGGUUGGUGUUCAAGGAGCAGCAGCCAACAACACUUUUGCUUUUACUGGUUACCCACAAGAGAAAGAUGUUACUCAAUUGAUUCCUCAAAUUUUACCUCAGCUUGGAGCUGAAAACUUAGAAAUCUUGAGGAAGUUAGCUGAACAGAUCCAAGCUGGUAAAAAUCCAGGUGAAUUGAAAGGUGAUGCCCCCGGUGAUGAGAAUAUUCCUGAUUUAGUUGAAGGGCAAAAGUUCGAUGACGUAGAAUAA